AAUAGUAUGGGAAACCUUGCCCUGACACGUCACACUCUCGGUCGUAUCUCAGGAACUCGUCGCAGAUAGCGGCCUGCGCAUUAUUAAUAUCGAUAACAAUUAUCGCGAUACGAUUAAUGUUCCUCCGGCGUGUUUAAUCCCUUCGUGAAAUAACACCCAACUUGGUACGACGUGUAUUUUUGCAAUUGAAUGUAAUGUGACUGUUUCUUCCGCAAUAUGAAUAUAAGGAGCGAUAAACAGAAAAUUCCUGCGGAACUCUCUCUAGCUGCGUUACUGUCGGCAGGAUUAACUCUUAUAAUAUCACCAAUAUACAUCGUGUUAUGUAUCCUCGCUUUAGUUUACCGCUCCAGUUGCGACUCGGGAAUGCUGUCCGGUGCCACUGGAGAUAGUUACUUCAUCUACACACUCUACAGAAUAUAUAUACAAGCGGACACAUGCGGUAACCCGGGAUCGUCGCCACCAGCAGGUGUUCUACUGACGACACCAGAUACAGUAUUUGUGUUCGUUAUUGCUAUUUUGACUGCUUCCGUUAUAAGCUGUGCAACUGCCAUCACACUAAUUGUGAUCGCUGUUAAUAACAAAACUGGGCUCUUAUUUGCCACCAUAUGGACAUAUAUUUGUAUAUGUGUAGCGUCAUUAGUGGUCGAUAUAACAUACGCUGUCUUCUUUGGAAAAGAUUAUGCGGAAAUGAGUUACACAAUGGAAAUCCAUUUUCCAGGAAUCGCAAGUAAUUAUUUGAAUGAUGUUCUUCGACUAGGCUCUUUGCUUUUCAUGACAAUUGCUCUGAAGGGAUUCCUUGCUCCUGUAAUAAAUAUUGUUCUACUUAUAGUAUUAGCAAUAUAUGCUUCUAACUACAGGAAUCAACUUCGAACCGAAGAGCAUUCCAUACACAAAGUGGGAGCGAUUCACGCAUAUGACCAACAUAUUAACCGUGGUUUCGUGGAAGAGGAGCCGCGCAACCACCCUCGCAGCCCGCUGAGGGCCGCACCGCCACAGGUGCCACCGCAUACGCCUCUGUCGGACUAUUCCAACAACCGAGAUUAUGACCGCUCCAACUCUUGGCAACACACUCCAGCGCCGAUGCCAUUCUCGUACAUGGAGGAACCCCGGAGGCCGCGGGCGAGCCCCGCCGCGGGUGAGCAGUGGCGGCGCGACCCCUGGCCGCCUGCGCCGCCAGUCCCGGCGCCCGACUACAGCCCGCCGGCCCGUCGGCUCAAAUCGGCCUUGAAACCGAACUAUAUGUAAACAUCGCGUAGCAUUAGGACUUCUGACAACUAUCAUCCGUCACUAUGUUAAAAAUUGCACAAUGACUACCAUAUACCUACCUAUUUCAUGUUUCAGUAGCCAAUUAGGUUAUAAUUAACUAGCAUCAGUAUGCAGUAGUACAGAUGAAGUAUGUGUAUACAUAUUUCGCCUUAUUACAGAGGAGAGGGUACAAAAGUUUAAACGUCUUUGACGUCGACUGUACCUAUACAGCCUACUUUUACCACGAGAUGACCAAAACCACUAACCAUUGUAACAAAGUAGAUAUUUGUUUGUCAAUUCCUUAAUUGCUAUUUUAACCUUACCUAUAUUUUUUGUUUAAGUUUUAAUAAAUAUUUAGUGCUGUUCUUACGAAAAUAAA